GCUUCACUCCCUUCAGACUGGGGCUGAGGAAGCACUCUGGAUCUGACCUCUCCUCCCGUUUUCCUCCCAGACGUCUCUAGUUUUCUCCCCCAGUUUUCCUCCCAGACGUCUCCGGUUUUCCUCCCAGACGUCUCCCGUUUUCCUCCCGGACGUCUCCGGCUCUCCUCUGUCCGGUUCUCCAGGCUUGUUUGAGGUCAUAGCGACAGGAUGGGUCAGGAGGAGCUGCCUGCAGGGAGGUUCCCAGUACUUUGAGGCAGACAGACUCAGACUUUCCAGGCACUCCAAGCAGCCCCCUCCCCACCUGCCGUCUGUGAGGAUGAAGAGGGAGCACUGCACGCUGUGGCUCCUCCAGACUCUCCUGGUGCUCCUGCCCCCUGGGCUUCCUGCUCCCUGCCCCCGACCCUGCUCCUGCCCUCAUCCGGCUGAGCUGCACUGCACGUUCCGCUCCCUCCUCUCCGUCCCAGGCGCCGUGUCCCGGCAUGUGAAGCGCGUUAACUUGGGGUUUAACAGCAUCGGCCACAUAGGGGUCGGCUCCCUGUCUGGGCUGAAGAAGCUGGAGCUGCUCAUGGUCCACGGCAACAACAUCCACUCUCUGCCUGAUGGAGCCUUCAGGGACCUGGCAUCACUUCAGAUGAUGAAGAUGAGCUACAACAAGUUAAAGGAGAUUAACCGGCGCACGUUCCACGGCCUGUGGUCCUUGUCCAGGUUGCAUCUGGAUCACAACCAGCUGGAACUCAUCCAUCCGGACGCCUUCCAGGGACUCACCUCCUUACGCUUCCUGCAGCUGGAGGGAAACCGCCUUCAACAGCUGCACGCCACCACCUUCAGAACCUUCGCGCUCAGGGACCAGUUCUACAUCUCCACGCUGCGACACCUCCACCUGUCUGACAACGGACUCACGUCGCUGCCCUCCCAGCUGCUGGGGACCAUGCCCCACCUCGAGAGCCUGUACCUCCAUGGUAACCCGUGGACCUGCGACUGUGGCAUGAGCUGGUUCCACGACUUGGAAAAAGAUUCACCAGGGGUUCUGAAAUGUAAAAAGGACCGAGACCUCCCAGGUGGCCAGCUGUGUCCUUCAUGCUCCUCUCCCAGACCUCUGAAGGACACUGACCUCCAUGCUGCUGCUCCCCUGGUCUGCAGCAGCCCUGUCAUCAGCCUCCUUCAUGGAACGUCACCUCCACCGGAGUCAGAGCGUCAGAUGCUGACCUCCAAGGACUUUAAGGACCCAAUAGGUAACAUAUCUAUGGGCCUCUCAGAUGAACAUGGGAACAAGUUAGAUCUGGAGUGCAGUGUAGAUGAGCUGCAAGAACCGUCCAAGGUGAGCUGGGAGCAGGUCAGCAAGCUCCAGCUACUGGCCAAUGUCAGCCUCUCAGUGGAGCUGCAGUGCGCCGUAGACAGGAAGAAAUACGAGCAGCUGUGGAAAGCAAUCGCUUACUACAGCAACGUCCCCGCCCAUCUGAAACGGGGCCCCGCCCUGACCAAAGACCCUGAGCUGGCCUAUGCGUACGAGCAGGAUUCUGAGCUGGAUGCCGGGUACUACACAGGGCUAAAAGUCCAAAUGUGGGCACGGCCCGCAUGGCUGAUGCAGCCGUCUGUGGAGCUACAGCUGAACCGUGCUGAGUCAUCAAUCAGAACGGUGAUCCUCGCUCUCAGGACCACCCUCUCAGAAUUGGUGGAAACGGAGCAGCAGCAGAGACUGGGCAGGACCUGGGUUAUGAUCGAUUCCACAAACAGGACUCGUAAAGUUAUGAGUGCAAUCCUUGGAAGUCCCAGUGAAAUGUUCUGUAACGUUCGGAGCUCCGACCCGGCGGAAAUCCGGUGGACGCUGCCAGAUGGCUCAGAACUGGCCAGCCCUUACAGCGGUCCUGGAAACAGAGUCUCCGUCUCCAGGGAUGGACAGCUGCGAAUCAAAGCUGUUACCCACAGUGACACCGGAACUUUCUACUGCAUGGCCAAGGUUCCUGGAGAUGUCGCCGUGCUUUCCUUCUACCUGUCCGUCCAGGAGUCCUCCAGUCCCCCACCAGGAGACGACACCUCCGCCGUUUCAAUGGAGGAGUUUGCGGGAAACCCCAUUUCUAUGGACUGCCCUGCAUCCAGCUCCCCGGAUGCUGAGAUAAACUGGAUUCUUCCAAGCAGCCAAAUAGUCCACUCCCAAGACAAUUCCUCCAAAGCCUUGGUGCAUUUUAAUGGUUCUCUUCAUAUCUCCAAGACUCAGGUAUCAGACAGCGGGUACUACAAAUGCGUAGCUAUAAAUCAGCAUGGCGCAGACACUAUGGUGAAAAAGGUCAGUAUUGUCAGACGCAGCGGCCUGAUCAGACCUUUACGCAGGUUUCCAGUGAGACCACAGUCGGCCUCAGGAGUUAGCACACAGGUCAAAAUCCCCACGGAGAACGCAGAGGAAGCAUCGGGCGACGUUGAUGCGUCUACGAUACGCCACCGCAUCAGUGGAGUCAGGAGGAGAAUCCCAGGGAAUCUAGCCCCAGGGAGAAAGGGGAUUCAUCCUUCCAGAAGCACCUGGCAAAGGCGGACGAUGCUACGGGGGUCGCACACUGAAAACCAGAAUGGUUCAGCUGAGAACAGAAGGAGGAUUCAUCUGUCCAAAAGCAAAAUCGACCCAAAGAAAUGGGCGCACAUCCUGGCUAAGGCCAGGGAGCGGGAUGCUGUGAGCCCACUUCCUGCUUCCUAUCCAACAAAGAUUGAAAAAGCCCUGACGACCGAGUCAUUGAAAACUCCUGACAAGUCAUCAGAUGGCGUGACUGUACAUGAUAGCGAGGAUCAGCAAUACCUCCCUGAACAGUCCACAGAACCACAAAUCAAGGAAUUCCCCCCUCAUGGGGAGGAUGAUCAUGUGACAACUGAACCUUACAGUGAGCGAGGCGCCGCUAAUAACAGCAGACACCUCACUACAGCACCCCAUCCCACAGAGAGUGCUUACACUGCACAGCGCACGACCCAACACACAGAGCCAAACCUGGUCACGAGUUCAGAUGGUGGGUUCUCACUCCCCCAGACCACAUCUGUUCCCCCGCACGGCAUCACAAUCAGCCAGCCCAGCGCGCGCACAGCCAGCGGCAGCACGGUCCAAACAGCUGACCCCUCUGAGGGAAGGCAGAGCGGGGCCGAGCCGGAUGAUGUCAUCAGCUCCAUAAAUCACAGAUUCUCAUUGGAAAGUCAGACGAAUUCUGUAAAGAGAGAGGGAAGUGGAAACUAUCUGGGGGAGACAUCGACUCUGUCACAGUUUGAACCCAAGGACGCCACAGAGUCACGUUCUGAAGUCGAACCAUCGAAGUCACCUUCAACGGCUCCUAAGCCUCCCGGUAGAAGAAAGUCGGAGUCUAAGAGGCGGCCAGUCGGCUCCAAAAGACGAAACGGCGGCCGGAGAAAAAGGCCAAACAGGAAGAAAGAAAAGCUGGACGCCUCUAAUACCAUCAGACCUGCAGCCAAGGCCUCCAUUUCUGAGCUAAACACAGAACAGCCCCGAGUUACAGUCGGUUCAAGCAGCGCCGUUCCAUCCACAGGGAGCCAAGCUGCGUCAUCAAGCAGACUGAGUCAUAAAGAAAGCUCAGUCCUCAGGCAGAACCACAAGGCGCUCACAGAGACUUUCCCACUCCCAGAGACAAAGGACGGCCGUCUACUCCUGCCAAGAGCGUCAUGGCAGAGCUCUACAGCCGCACCGUCACUUCCAGCUUUGACUCAUGGAAACAGCAUGCUGGGGACUGCAGACACUUUAGAGGACAGCUUUGAAACCAGCUUUACAACAGAACCAGCACCUCUGCUGCACUACGACAGUCUCACUGGCCGUUACGACUCUUUGACAGAAUUGCAAAGGGUCCAUCAGGCAACUGGGAUGGAAACCUCAACGCAGCCUUACCAGUUUACCUCAACUGCUUCAUCCACGGCGGGCGGUCAGAAGGCAGCUUCCAGGGAAACUUCCAGAGGAAUACUGUCAACUUCCAGGAGGCUUCCCAAGCAUCGGAACCACAGCUCUGGUCAGAAGGAGGUAACCAAGACGGAUUUAACGCCCAGAGAAAACCAGCAGACGUCACUGAAUGCUUGGACAGACGUUAUGAGAAGCUUGGAAACAGCUGUAGCUUCCAUUACCUCAACACUGCCUCCACGUGUUUUACUUCCUCACUCACAUCGUCAAUCUAAAUCCCAAGACACAACAAUCGCAGGAAGAGACGUCAUCACCUCGAACUUCCAUCCUACAACCUUCCCAACGAAUCACAAGCCGUCUAACACCAGUCCAGCCGUUCAAGUGUUGACAUCUAUCCCUCCACCCACCGUGGUCUCACCUACGCCAUUUCAGAGGACACCAGUUCGUCCGCAGGGGUCCACACAGGAAGAGUGGACACCUGUUCGUCCGCAGGGGUCCACCCAGGAGGAGCGGACCCCUGUUCGUCUGCAGGUGUCCACACAGGAGGAGGGGACACCUGUUCAUCCGCAGGGGUCCAAAAAAGAGGAUAGGACACUUGUGUCCACACAGGAGGAGCGGACACCUGUUCGUCCGCAGGGUUCCACACAGGAGGAGGGGACACCUGUUUGUCCGCAGGUGACCACACAGGAGGAGGGGACACCUGUUCGUCUGCAGGUGUCCACACAGGAGGAGGGGACACCUGUUCAUCCGCAGGGGUCCAAAAAAGAGGAUAGGACACUUGUGUCCACACAGGAGGAGCGGACACCUGUUCGUCCGCAGGGUUCCACACAGGAGGAGGGGACACCUGUUUGUCCGCAGGUGACCACACAGGAGGAGGGGACACCUGUUCAUCCGCAGGGGUCCAAAAAAGAGGAUAGGACACUUGUGUCCACACAGGAGGAGAGGACACCUGUUCAUCCGCAGGUGACCUCACAGGAGGAGGGGACACCUGUUCAUCCGCAGGUGACCACACAGGAGGAGGGGACACCUGUUCAUCAGCAGAUGUCCACACAGGAUGAGCAGACACUUGGCCACACAUCCAAUCAGAGGGGAAAGCCGAGGAUAACAACAGAUCGUUCCCAGACGAUCACCGUGCGAACAGGAGCAGAUGCUCAGCUUCCAUGUGAUACCAAAGGCCAGCCGAUGCCUUUCCUGUCCUGGACCAAGGCUUCCAGCGGAGUGAGUAUCGCCAAAAACAUGAGGUGGCAGCGGUUGGAGGUACACCAUAACGGAACCCUCAUCAUCAGAAACUCCCAGGAAACUGAUGCGGGUCGGUACCUGUGCACAGUUCAGAACCAGUACGGUACGGACACCAUGACCGCCACCCUUCUUGUCUCUCAUCAACCUCCACUGAGAGACAUCCACGUGUACGAAGGAGGGAAGGCUGAACUGGAGUGCAAAGUCGCAGGAGAUCCUCGUGUGUCGUGGAUCCUCCCGAACUCGGUCCAGAUGACUGCGACCUCAGCGGCCGCGCCUUCUCCUCCGCAGCGCGUGGCCGUAGAUGAGAUGGGAACUCUUCUCAUAAGCAGCGCCCAUUUAAUGGACGCAGGGAUCUACAGAUGCAGUGUGCCUGGAGGUAACGGCAUGCAGGUACGUCUUCGUGUAUCAGCGGUUCCUGCACUGAUUGAGCAGGAGAAAGACCAAACAGUUGUUGUUUCAGAGGGCAGCGCUGCCUACAUCCACUGCGCCGCCUCAACUGCCACUCGGCCAAUCAUUCGCUGGAUCGCGCCGGGCGGCAUGCAGCUCCCUGAUCCCCAUCCACCCAACGGAGGGAACUUUAUCGUCUUUCCAAACGGAACUCUUCACAUAAAGAGAUUAGCCUCUAAGGACUCUGGGAGAUACAUCUGCACAGCCGGUAAUGCAGCCGCAUCGAGCAGCAGAGCAGUGAUCUUAAGAGUCAUAAGUAAACCAUCUUCUGCUAAAGCCACGAUAACAGCCUCCUCUCCAAAGACGACGGAUGUGACCUACGGGAGUCCGCUGCUUCUGAACUGUGUGGCGGCAGGGGAACCAGAGCCUCGGAUCAUCUGGAGGACGCCCUCUAAAAAGCUGGUAGAUCAUCAGUUCAGCUUUGACUCCAGGAUCAAGGUGUUCCUGAACGGCAGCCUUAGCAUCCAUUCAGUGACUGACAAGGACCGAGGCGACUACCUGUGCGUCGCCCGCAACAAGAUGGGCGACGACUACAUUCAGCUCAGGGUCAACGUCUUGACCAAACCUGCCAAGAUUGAGCAGAAGAUGCAGAAGUCGAGUCAGGAGGUUAUUCGAGGCCAAGAUCUGAAGGUGGACUGCGUGGCGUCUGGCCUCCCCAGCCCUCAGAUCAGCUGGGCUCUACCCGAUGGGACCAUGGUCAACCCCGUCAAGCAGAGAGCAAGGGUCGGUGGGGGACGCAGUCGCAGGUAUGUGGUGUUCGACAACGGGACGCUGUACUUUAAUGAAGUCGGACUGCCAGAGGAAGGGGAUUACAUCUGCUAUGCACAGAACCAACUCGGCAAAGACGAGAUGAAGGUGCGAGUCAGGGUGAAAGGUGAAACCACCCGACCCCAAAUCCAGGAUAAAGGUCCAAAGACCGUCCGAGUUCUUCACGGCGAGACAGUAGCACUCCAGUGCAAGGCCAUUGGCGACCCGGUACCAGUCGUCACCUGGAUGUCCCCUAAGAACAGACUCAUAUCCCCCGACUCGAACAAAUACCAGGUUCUUCAAGACGGGUCACUAGUUGUUCAAAAGGUUCAGGGACCUGAUGGAGGUAAUUACACAUGUUUGGCUAGAAGCAGCGUUGGACAAGAUGAUAAAGUUACCCGAGUGGAGGUUUUGCCAACUCCUCCAGUUAUCAAUGGCUUAAGAGGAGAUUCCGACACUAUAGAGGUUACCGCGGUUCAGGGUGAGAGAACGCUGGUGGACUGUGCCACAAAGGGAGCCCCUUCCCCUCGAGUCAUGUGGAUUCUGCCAGGAAAUGUCAUCCUUCCUGCACCGUACUACAGCAAUCACAGGACCGUUCAUCCGAACGGUACUUUAGAAAUACGAUCCACCCAGAGGACAGACUCAGGACAGAUGGUCUGUGUGGCUCGUAAUGAAGGAGGGGAGGUCCGAAUGCUGGUCCAUUUGGAAGUAAAGGAAACGGUCAGGGGGGCCAAGAUUGAAGCCCCAGAGAAAGAAAGCUUUGCACUGAGAGUGGGGAACUCCGUCACCCUCAACUGUACCAUCGAUGGCUUGGAGUUAACUCAUCUGACGUGGAUCUUACCCGAUGGCACUCCUCUGAAUACCGGUGCUCGGAUUUCUAAGUUUUUCCACCGGCUUGAUGGCUCUCUGGUUAUUAGCAAUCCGUCCGUCGCUGAGGCUGGAGUUUACCGCUGCAUGGGUCGUAAUCCUGCUGGGCUCUUUGAGAGUACCAUCACUCUGUCCCCAGGGAGAAAGCCUCAGAUCCUGAACAGAUACAUCUCUCCUGUCAGCGUCCUAGACGGGGAGACCCUUUUCCUUCACUGUCAAACCACUGGGGAGCCCCUCAGACUGACAUGGACCCUACCCAGCGGGGUCGUUCUUAACAGGCUGCAAAACGCUGGAAGGUAUUCUAUUCUGCAAAACGGCACCAUUGCCAUUCGCCAAGCUUCCAUUUACGACCGAGGGGCCUAUGUUUGUAGAGCUGCUAACGAAUACGGAAGCUCUUUGCUUUCGGUCUCAGUAAAAAUAGUCGCUAACCAACCCAGAAUUACCUGGGGGCCGCCCUCUGUGACCUACGCCAAACACGGAGUUGCCGUUCAGCUGAACUGUGCCACCGCCGGGACCCCCGCAGCAGAGGUGUCUUGGGAGACGCCUGAUAAGGUGCGGAUGGUCGUGAGCGCACAGCCCCGACUUUUCGGAAACAAGUAUCUCCACCCGCAAGGUUCCCUCAUCAUCCAGAAUCCAACCCAACGAGAUUCUGGAGUUUACCGCUGCACGGCCAGGAACGCUGCCGGCGUGGACUCCAAGACCACAUUUCUGAAUGUAUUCUAACGCGAAGCCGUGGCCAAACCGUACGCCCAAGCAACUGCCGGAGACAACGCCAGAGUGGCGGUAAAAAAGCACCAAAUCACCCACCAUGGGUUUCACCUGUAACAGUGCUUCACCCAUGGCCAACUUGGAGGCCUAACGCCAACCGUGUGAGCUCCCUACUUGACUCAUGACAGAGCUUUGUGUAAAUACAUAACUGCUCAGGUAAUUUGGAUACAGAAACUCUUCCUAGAUGUCUUCAUCAGGCUUGUUCCCUAUUUAACUGUCCUAAUUCUGUCACUUACUAUUGGAGAUGGAAAUAAAUUAUUAA